AUGGAUUUCUUUGACGGUCGUCACUAUGCGAUAAAUAAAGCCAUGCUAUCCUUAUUGGGCCAAUGGCCUUAUCAAUCGACUAGAAUUAAAUACAUCGGUUUGGUGAUGUUAUUUUUAUUAGCUGGAACCCAAAUAAUAGCAAAGAUAUGCGCUAUCGUAUCGUAUGGAAAUAUAACUAUGAAAGACGUGGCACCACUUUUUGCCGAUUCUCAAGCAAUGAUCAGAUUUCUUACUAAUGCAAUGCAAGGAAAAAAGAUGAAAAUACUUCUAAAUCGUAUGCAAACAGAUUAUUCUUUAUUUACUAAAGAUGGUGAAAAGGAAAUAAUGGUAGAGUAUGCCAAAAAUGGAAGAAAAUUUACUAUUGUGUACAUAGGUUUUUUAUUUAUAUCAAUGCUACAUUUUAUGAUUCCACCAUUGAAAUCUAUUAUUUUGAGUAGCAUGAACGGAACGACAGAACGACCAUUUAUACAUCACGUUGAAUAUUUUGUCGAUCCACAAAAAUAUUAYUAUUUUAUAAUCAUUCAUUCGUACAUGAUUAUUUUUAUUUGUGCUUUUACGAUUGCCACGAUGGACACUAUGUUCGUGGUAUUUGUGCAACACGCUUGUGGAUUAUUUAGAGCUCUAGGGUUUGCUGAUUUAUUGGAAUCAUAUUACACGACAUCAUUUUUUCUUCAAUCAGGACUUAGCAUGAUUGSAAUGAGUGUUACURGUYUCCAGGCCAUUCUAAAUGUCAAWGAAMCCAAACAGUUUUUUCAACAAAUGUGURUUUGUUAUACGACAUUAAUUCKUAUUUUAUUUGMAUGUGURAAUGGUCAACGACUUAUCGAUCAUAGUUCUCAAAUGCAUGAGUAUCUAAUAAAUUUCAAAUGGUAUCAAACAUCUCUACAAACAAGAAAAGAAAUUUAUUUUAUGUUAAUUAGAUCACGAGUACCUUGUAUGCUAACUACCGCUAAAAUGUUUAACUUAUCAAUGGAAACAUUUAGUUCUAUAUGCGCUAUCGUAACUUCAUUUAAGCAUAGAAAUAUAAUUCUAGACGACAUGGCACCACUUUUUGCUGAUUCUAUUGCAAUAAUCAAAUUUGUUAAUAAUGCAAUUCAAGGAAGAAAGAUAUGCGCUAUCGUAACUUCAUUUAGGCAUAGAAAUAAAAUUCUAGACAACAUGGCACCACUUUUUGCUGAUUUCCUUGCAAUAAUCAAAUUUGUUAAUAAUGCAAUUCAAGGAGAAAAGAUGAAAAUACUUCUAAAUCGUAUGCAAACAGAUUAUUCUUUAUUUACUACAGAUGGUGAAAAGGAAAUAAUGGUAGAGUAUGCCAAAUAUGGUAGAAAAUUUACUAUUGUGUACACAGGCCAUUCUAAAUGUCAAUGA